CUGCCAUUAUUUAAAUGCCCUGGGGGAAAAUACAGCAUCGGUUCUAAAUGAAAUAAUGGCAGGGGGUGAGGGAGGGUUAAAGGGGUAACACACUCCAGAGAGGCUCAGCCUGAGUCACUCAUACGGAAACAUCAAGUGGCCACAUCCUUUCCCUGCAAAGGCAGGGCAAGUCCCUGCCCACAUAGUGCAGGGUGGACAUUUCUCAGGCUUCCACUUGCUGCUGGUACAUGGAGCAGAGGCAAAACCUGCCUGUGCCUCUGCACACUUGAUAAAUAACGCUCCAUAACCGGGUCUCAGGACAUCGAGAUGAAAGUCCUUAUUUUGACUGCUGCUAGGCUGCUGCUUCUGCCGGCCACUUUUUGCCAGAGUGGCAUGAAAAAUGUUUCAGAGAACUCAGGACAGCCAACCUUAAGUAUUAAGACCUUCAAUGGAGCUCCCUCCAAUACCUUUGAGGAAUUCCCGCUUUCUGACAUAGAGGACUGGACAGGAGCCACCACGACCGUAAAAAUGAAAUGUCCUGAAGAAAGCAUCUCAACUCUCCAUGUGAAUAAUGCUACCAUGGGAUACCUGAGAAGCUCCUUAAGUACCAAACUGAUACCUUCCAUCUACAUCCUGGUGUUUGUGGUCGGUGUACCAGCGAACGUCGUGACCCUGUGGAAACUCUCCUCGAGGACCAAAUCCAUCUGUCUGGUCAUCUUUCACACCAACCUGGCCAUCGCAGAUCUCCUCUUCUGUGUCACACUGCCAUUUAAGAUUGCCUACCACCUCAAUGGGAACAACUGGGUCUUUGGAGAGGUCAUGUGCCGCAUCACCACACUCAUUUUCUACGGCAACAUGUACUGUUCCAUUCUCAUCCUCACCUGCAUGGGCAUCAACCGAUACCUGGCCACUGUCCAUCCUUUCACAUACCGGAAGCUGCCCAAGCGCAACUUCAGUCUGCUCCUGUGUGGCCUGGUGUGGGUAAUGGUCUUCUUAUAUAUGCUGCCCUUCGCCAUCCUGAGGCAGGAGUAUCAUCUUGUCCAGCCAGAGAUCACCACCUGCCACGAUGUCCACAACACAUGCGAGUCUCCAUCUCCCUUCCAGUUCUACUACUUCACCUCCUUAGCGUUCUUUGGAUUCCUCAUUCCGUUUGUGGUCAUUGUCUACUGUUACACAACUCUCAUCCGCAAGCUUAACGCGCAGGACCGCAGGUGGAUGAGGUAUAUCAAGGCGGUUCUCCUCAUCCUUGGGAUUUUCACAAUCUGCUUUGCUCCUACCAACAUUAUACUCAUAAUCCACCACGCCAACUACUACUACAACAACACCGACAGCUUGUACUUUAUGUAUCUCAUCGCUUUGUGCCUGGGGAGCCUGAAUAGUUGCCUAGAUCCAUUCCUUUACUUUGUCAUGUCAAAAAUUGUAGAUCAGCUUACUUCUUAGCCAACAUUGGCAAGAGCCUCUUAGAGAACAAGGAAAGAUAUUACUGAAAGUGUACCUGCUGGAGCCGACUUGUGCAUGGCAGCAACGGCCCAAUUUUUUUUGUUUGUUUUUUGUUUUGUUUUGUUUGUUUGAGACAGGGUCUCACUGUGUAGUCCUGGCUAGCCCAGAACUCACAGAGAUCUGCCUGCCUCUGCCUCUCAAGUUUUGGGAUGCACAACCAGGCCUGGUGAGAGCUCCAUUUUUAAGCUCCUUUGAAAUAAUGCUUCAAACAUCAAAUGUCAUAAAAUUAUUAGGAUCAAAAAAUACUUUGUCAGUAUUUUAAGAAUGUCUUAAUCUUAAGUAAAAUGAUCAUUAUUCUCCUUA